ACUUGGGUAGUGUUACUUGCUAGUAGCAGAACUUUAAGACGUUUAUUGCAAAAAGUUCCAAUACACGCAGGCAUAAAUAACAUAAUAUUUUUGCAUCUUUCUCAUCAACAAUCGUUAAUAACAAAUGUUAUCGAUAAAUUAUGUAUUCUCAUGUGGGAUGAAAUUUCGUUACAACCUCACCUACAAUACGACAAGAUAAAAAAAUAAUUGGUUUUGAAGACUGGGGUCAUAAAAGAACACAAAGAAUAGCUGAUCAUGCACUUGUGUUUAUGUUAACAGGUAUAAGAACCGUCUGGAAAAUACCAUUGUCAUAUAAUUUUUUCAAAAGCCAGACCAAAACUCCACAAUUAAUGCGUUGUAUUAAAGAAAUUGUCCAUGAAAUUACAAAGGCUGGGUUUAUUAUUGUUGCAACAAUAUGUGACCAAGGGUCCUCAAACGUGAUUGCACUUAACCAGUUCUUAAGUGAUUCAAGAAGUAACUGUUUAAAAAAAGGUGAACAUAUUGAUGAAACAAUUAUCUUGGAUAAUCAAAAGAUUAUUGUGUUGUACGAUCCUCCACAUUUAUUGAAAGGAAUACGGAAUAAUUUUCUUGAGAAAGAUAUUGAGAUUAUGAUAGAUAAGGAGUCAAACGUAAAAGGAAUUGCUUUGUGGAAUAUUAUAGAAACUGCUUAUAACCUGGAUAUUUAUAGCAAUAUAUUCAAUCGUCAAUUAAGAAAAAUAACGGAUCAACAUAUUAAAAAAAAUAAAAUAAAGAAAAUGAAAGUUAAAUUGGCAGCGCAAAUUUUUAGUGCAACUCUGUCAACAUUUAUUGAAUACAACAGCAAAAUAAAAGAUAACUCCAAUUUUUUACGCGCGAAUAUAGGUUGGAAAAUAUGUAAAAUAAAAAUAAAGACUUGCGCAUCAUUUAUCGCGCUUGGUUAGCCCGGUUUCUAUAUUCG